CAAGUCUUCUUCAGUCUUCCGAUCCUCUCGCCGCCGCCUCCCCCUCCCCUCCCCUCCGUCAUCUCCUCCGACUUUUGCUCGCUCGAUCUUCAGCUAGGGUUUGCGUACUAAAGAUGACUUCCAGGAGAGGGAGCUGGAGUUCUUCUAGUUCUGGUAACAAUAGUCAUCCCUCUUCCAAGGGUAAAGAGAUGUCAGAGGUUGAGCAAUUGAGUCGGGGAGUGGGAAAUGUUCGAAUGGAUUCCGCACCAGAUGAUGGUGGUGAGUGGGAAGUAUAUGCUAGGAAGUCGAGAACCAAAGCUGGUAGCAGCUCCGGGAAACCCUUGCCUCAGAAUUCUAAUUCUAAAGUAUGGGGGCAGCAAGAUGUGGCUCAGAAGCCGGUUAUGCAGACUAAUAGUGGAUCAGGGAGGGCAGCUGGCAACAGAUCCGGGUUUCCACAAACUGCUGAUUUCAGGAAACCAGCUGGUAGAGGAAGCAUGAGCUCUUCACAAUAUGUGGCGCCACAAACUGUGCUUAGGCCACCUCUUGAGCAUGGAUGGAAUUGGCAAGGCAGAGCUGGUUCGGUGCAGGCUGGGUUUCAAGAGGAUGACCAAAUUAAUUAUAACUUGUCCUCAAAUGAUGCUGCUGGUGAGGAUGGUGAGGCGGACAAGGAUCGUGAUGCUGACGAUGAUGACGUGGAUGACGAUGACCUUGAUAUGAUGGAUGAUUCUGAUGAUGAUUUGAUGAGUGAUGAAUUUGAUUCUGACGCAAGUCAAAAGAGCCAUGGAACGCGGAAGAGCAAUAGGUGGUUUAAGAAAUUUUUUGAGAUAAUGGAUUCGUUGACUGUUGAGGAGAUAAAUGAACCUGGAAGGCAGUGGCACUGUCCUGCUUGUCGUGGGGGUCCUGGUGCUAUUGACUGGUACCGAGGUCUGCAGCCUCUGAUGGCACAUGCAAAAACAAUUGGAGCGAAAAGGGUUAAGCUUCACCGGGAGCUCGCAGAACUCUUAGAUGAGGAGUUGAUGAGGAGAGGCACUUCAGUGGUCCCUGCUGGCGAAGUAUUUGGGAAGUGGAAAGGGUUGAAGGUUGAGGAGAAAGAUUAUGACAUAGUGUGGCCUCCAAUGGUUGUCAUCAUGAACACAAUCCUGGAAAAGGAUGAAAAUGACAAGUGGAUUGGUAUGGGAAACCAAGAACUUCUGGACUGCUUCAGUUCGUAUCAAGCUGUAAAAGCUCGUCAUGCUUAUGGACCUCUGGGUCAUCGUGGCAUGAGCAUUCUUAUUUUUGAGACCUCUCCAAGGGGCUUUUUCGAGGCUGAACGUCUGCACAAGCACUUUGCAGACCAAGGAACAGACAGAAGUGCUUGGGAUCGCCGAGGUUCCUUAUUUCAUCCUGGGGGAAAACGUCAGCUUUAUGGAUAUAUGGCAAUAAAAGAGGAUUUAGACAUUUUUAACAGGCACUCACAAGCUAAAUCUAAGCUGAAAUUUGAGUUGAGAUCCUACAAAGAGAUGGUCGUUAACCAAGUGAAUCAGAUGACGGAGGACAACCAGCAACUGAUCUGGCUUAAGAACAAGGUUGUCAAGGAGCGAAUGCACUCGAGGGAACUGGCGAAGUCAUUUGACAUCGUGUCUGAAAAGCUGCGGAAGACCAUCGCGGAGAACCGUAUUGUAAGGCACAGAACGAAGAUGCAACAUGAACAGAGCAAGGAGGAAAUGGAUUAUCAGGAGCAGUUCUUCAAAGAGCAAAUGAACGUCAUCCAUGAUGAAUUGAAUGCGAAGGAAGAGGACUUUGAGAGGGAACAACAGGAGAAGAGGGAGCGGGUGAGGCAAUCAAAUGCUAAUCCUUCAAGUGCUGAAGAUAAGACGAGGGGGAUGGACGAAAUUGCUGAGUUCAUCCAGCUCCAGGAAAAGGAAAUGGAUGAAUUCGUGGUGAAAAGGGAGAUGCUGGAGAAAGAGCAUGAAGACAAGCUGGUGGCGAUGAAGAAGAGGCAUUGGGAUGAGGAAGUGGAGUUGGAGAAGGAGUUCAAGACCCAACUCACUCAACUGAUGGAGUCAUACUCCCACCAUUGACCUGGACGAGAUGCGGACAUUGCUUUUUCUUACAUGAGAGUAGAGAGGCCUUCGACAUUUUAUUCCGGAAGUAAUGUUUUUCGACAAUUUAGGGUAUGCCUUGAAACUUUUCGAAAAGGAUCAGAAGGCAAUGUAUGUGGAUGUUUAGGC